CGGUCAGAGUCUGGAAAUGCCGGUCGGAGUGAAACAAGCGACAGCGAUAUGACAGUUUGUAAUUUUUUCCUCCAGGGCCGCUGUCGUUACGGCGACAAAUGCUGGAAUGAGCACCCGAGAGGAGGUAGAGGAGGAGGAGGAGGAGGAGGAGGUGGCGGUGGUGGUGGGAGAAGAGACAAUGUGAAGAGUUCAGAAUUCAGCUUCUCCCAAAACAGAUUUUCAGCUCUCAAUUCUCCCAGCACCUUUGAUAAGGGAGGAAGAGGAGGAGGAACAGCUGGUGAUGAGGAUGACGAGAAAAAACUUGAGGUGAUCCAGGCUGACAUUGAGAUUUGGGAGAGCUCAGGCCAGUGGGGAUUCUCAUGUUAUUCCUGCACUAAAACGCCGGUAUCAGGCUUCACUGAUCUCUCUCCAGAAGAGCUUAGGCUGGAGUAUUACACCACAAGAGCUUCAGGAGAUCUGCAGAACUAUAUCAACGGUGUCAAUCAGUUGCUCAACCAGUGGAGAAACAGAAUCCAGGAACUGAAGAUUAUGAACGCAACCACCCGUGCAGCUUUGCUCGCAGAGUUGAGUAAUCCGACACCUCAGGGAUCUUCAAGUGACUUUGGUGGAUCUGGAUCCCAUACAUUUGGCUUUGGAAGCAAAGACUUUGGGGCUCCAGCAGCAGUCCAGGCCAGCAGUUUCACCUUUGCUGCUCCAAGCGGUGGAUUUGGGUCCUCGGAGACACCAUCGUCCUCAGGUGGUUUUGGCAGCGCCUCAGCAGCGUCUGCACAGCCUCCCUCUGGGUUUGGUUCCUCCUCGUCUAAUUCAGCGUCCACUUUCUCUUUCGCCGCCUCAAACGCCAGUAAACCACCGACCGCUUCAGCAUUUGGAUCUGCCUCCGAGUUCAGCUUCUCAUCGAGCACCGGUGGGGGAUUCGGGACUGGUUUUGGGACUGAAGCAGCUGCUACAUCAGGAGGCAGCGGUGUGUCUGGACAGACAAGUGGAGGGUUUGGGCCAACUCCUGUAGCAUCUGCUAGUGGGACAUCAGACAGUCUGUUUUCCACCAAAAGCAGCCUGACUCCAGAGGAAUUGGACCAGUUCAAGGCUAAAAGGUUCACUCUCGGUCAGAUUCCUCUAAAGCCUCCUCCAGCCGACAUGCUGAUUGUUUAAUUUUAAAAAGGCCUUAAAGUGAAAAAUAGAGACAUAAAUGAAAAGUGUUUGUUACAACCAAAUAUAUAUUUCUCAUUUUCAAUCAUAGCUCAUAUUUAAUAUUUGAGGUCAAUAUGAACACAGAAAAGUCUGUUUGGUUUCUGUACAAGUGCUUUAUGCUGAGCUACUUGGACAAUAUUUUUAAGUGAUGAUUUUGUCAGAAAUGUCUUUUCUAGAUUAUUAAAUGAUGGGAUGUUUGCACACGUUCUAACUAAUGACAAUAGUGGCAUUUACUGGUUAAGAAUAGAAUGUGUUCAACUUGAAUAGUGCAACAAAAAUAACAUGUUCAGUUUUAAACAAAAUACUUUUUUUUUUCUUUAAAUUUCUGAGCAGUUCAGAAGUCAAUAUUUGGUGAAAUAUGCCUGAUUUUUCAAUCCCUGCUUUGUAUGUUGCAUCUUGGCAUGUUUUGCACCAGUGUUUGAUAGUACUUUUGGGUGCAAAAUAAUCAAGCCCAUACCUCGUGGCCAUCUGUCUUUGAUCACAUUUGAGAGUUUAGAAAUUUAGAGUGGUCUGUGAAAUUUUCCAUAACUGUUAACACAAGAGAGAUGACAUUAAACCAAGAAAAACAACAAAAUGUGUCUUUGUAAGAGCAACAUUGGCCUGACUUUGCAUUGGUUCUACAAGUUUGUAAACUUGGGAUGGAAGAGGAGAAUAGAAAAGAACAGAAUACAGUAGAUCUUUAUUAUUCACCAAAGUGCAGGUGAAGAACACCAACAGCUCUUGAUGUGUAGAAUAACUUUAAUAUAGCUACACCAGUGUUUUAAAAAUACAUAAUCAGCUCCAUUUUAAAAAGGAAUUAAAUUUUAAAAAGAAGCACAAUCCUAUACAUUAACAUGCAUCCACUCCAGGAACGAGGAUAGAAUAGUGUCCUGUUGAAAACAGCUGACAUGCUAGAGCCAUAAGCAUUGUUCAUUUAAGGGCUGGGACUUGAAUAUUUUUAUGAGAAAAAACAUUAAAAAAAAAAAAAAACUUGACACGAGAAAAGUUGUAUUUAAAAGUUUGUGUACAAUGCUAUUAAUCAUGAAAAUAUAAAUAACUAAAAUAUACAGUAUAUAAAACUGAAAAUACAUCAUAAAUAUUUGUCAGAUUUAUCAUAAGAGAUGUCAUGAAAACAUACAAUUAAAAAUAAUUAUUAAAAAAACCAUACAUUGUGCAGUCAUUCGUGAAACAGUGUAUGUGUGGGAUCUACCAUAAGAACUCAUUAAAUGAGAAAUCCUCAUUCAUGCCCCCUUUGGAUUAAAGUUUGAAGGUGGGAAACCCAAAAUGCCACUAGAUUUUCACCACUAAUUUGAAAAAUACACUACUGG